AAAUCCCCACUUAUAAAAACCCACAAAAACGCCCCUUCUUUUAUUUGUGUACCUUCCAACAAGAUAUCUACACAUCACUUACACAAACCAAAUUUGUUGUACCCAAUAUGAACUGGACCCGUGGCCGUGCCAUAGGCCGUGGCGCCUCCGCCACCGUGUUCGCCGCCGCGUGGUCGGAUUCCGGGGAGGUGUUUGCGGUGAAGUCGGCCGAGGUUUCCCGGUCGGAGUUCUUGGAGAGGGAGCGGGCGAUUCUGUCCAGUCUGGAGAGUCCUUGGAUUGUUGGGUAUAAAGGGUGUGAUGUUACGAGGGAGGAGGGGAAGGAAAUGUUUAAUCUUAUGAUGGAGUUCAUGCCCGGCGGGAAUCUGCUGGACGGAAUCCGGGUGAACGGCGGGAGGCUUAAGGAGCCGGAGAUUGGGUACUACACGGAGCAGAUUCUACGGGGACUGGAGUUUCUACAUUCGAGGGGUGUUGUGCAUUGCGACAUUAAAAGCCGCAACGUUUUGCUGGGCGAGAGUGGUGCCAAAAUCGCCGAUUUCGGCUGCGCGAAAUGGGUCGGUGAUCGGCGGUUUGCGGCGGCGGCGGCGGCGGGUAUAGGCGGCACGCCGGUUUUCAUGUCGCCGGAGGCGGCGCAGGGGAAAGAACAGGGAUUUCCGGCUGAUAUUUGGGCGUUGGGGUGUACCGUUAUUGAAAUGGCCACCGGCGGCGGCUCGCCGUGGCCAAACGCCACCAACCCGGCGUCAAUUCUUUACCAUAUAGCAUAUUCCGGGGAAUCUCCGCAGAUUCCGGCUUUCCUCUCCGAUGAAGCAAAGGAUUUCCUGGAAAAAUGCCUGAAAAUAAAUCCCAGAGAUCGAUGGACGGCGGCGCAGCUCCUCAACCACCCAUUCCUUCAAGAAUCAAACUCCAUUCCCAAGCAGAAUCAGAAUCAGAGUUCACCCACGAGCAUUCUUGAUCAGGGGAUUUGGAACUCGAUGGAGGGCGAGGAUUUGAUCCGUACACCUUCAUCAUUAGAUUCUCCGUCAGGAAGGGUAAGAAGAUUAUGGUUGGGUUCGCCGGAAUUGGCAGAGUGGGAAGGGAAUGAGGAUAGUUGGACCACAGUGAGAGGCGGUGAAAAGGAAAGUGCAGGGUCGGUGACAGCUUUUAGCAGUAAUGGAAUGGAGGUGGAAAGGUGUCGCUGUUUGAGUGGCGAUAACUUGUUAUUAAAUUACGCCGUAGAUGACAAUGUUAGUUGUAGAAGUUGUUGCUCUACCGGUACAGAGCAGGGAGUAGUUGUAAUUACAACUCUCAAUUUUGAGAGACGCAAAGACAUAUCAGUAAAACAACUUCCAUUUUUAUAAA